AGUAGUGACGUCGACAAGCUAGCUCAGCAGCCGCCACCGAUGCUACUCCAGCGUCGCGAAUUGACAACACUUUCUCGAUAAAGUCAUCUUUUUGUGGGACAACAAUCAUGGUUUAUCACUCCUUCGCCUUGCCGAUGAUCUGCUUCACCACGCUGUGGGCGCUGGUGGGGGUCGUGGCUCCCUUUUUAGUGCCAAAAGGGCCGAAUCGAGGCGUCAUCGUCACCAGUUUGAUCCUCACCGCCGUCUGCUGCUACCUCUUCUGGUUGAUAGCCAUCCUCGCUCAGACCAACCCUCUGUUUGGCCCUCAGCUGAAGAAUGAAACCAUUUGGUACCUGCGCUACUUCUGGGAGUAGACCAGUGAUCCGUCACCUUCUCCCUAAUUCCCACUUGGACUUCAACGUAACUCCCAACACACACACAAAGUGGAGCUAUGCGUGUAAAAUGAAGACUAAUGUACAGUUGAUGGUGUUUAGUCAGUGGAAUAGUGUCAAAUGUGCAAUGCUACAGUAGUUUCAUGUUUCUACUUGAAUAAGGAAGGAGUAUUUAUUGUUUGUGUAUUUAUUUGGGCCUGUAAUGCCCUCAGUGUCCACAUGGUGUUGUUACUUAGCUGAUGUGUAUGAGAAGCCAAGCCCCCUUCCCUCGUUACCAUGGUGAUCUUCCCCCCUUGUUUGAAACUUUGCUUGCAUUUCACUUGGACGCGUGUCAGUAAUAAUUGGUAUUGUGUAGAACUCGAUAUUUAUUUGAGAGGCUUAAAGGAGUCGGUGACCCAGAGUCCUGGGGCGCCCCGGCUCCAUUCAGCACUAGUUGCUAGCCACUAUCACAACAGCUCCCCUUCACCCUGCUCUUUUUCUUUUCCUCCUUGAAUCCACUAUGCUUCAGCCAAAAAGAAUGAAAAUCAAUAUACAGCUACUUUUUACAAAGACCAAAUUACGUUGUACCUUCUCUGUCCAGUUGUGGUACUGGCCUGCACCCGGGAAGUCUUAUUGGCUGCCCGCCAAUGUGGCAGGUAGAUGGACAGUUUCAUCCGCCAGUCACAAAAGUUACCCGCAUCUGGCGUGUGGGCGGGUGCCAAUUUCAUGCCCUGUAUAUAUAUAUAUAUAUAUAUAUAUAUAUAUAUAUAUAUAUAUAUAUAUAUAUAUAUAUAUAUA